AUUGUAUAAAAUUGUCAAAAUCAUAGAGGUUAUAAACAUUCAACACACUGUUUCUGGGUGCUUUACUUUAUCUAUUUGCCUGGGAGUCUUAAUAGUGAUUUUGAUUCACAAUCAGCUGCUUUUUUUAUUCCUAAUUAUGCUGCCUAUCUGCUAGCAUUUUCUUCUGUCUAUCAUCCAGCAAUCAAUUCAUAAAACAACCCAUAAUGAUCUCUAAUAUCAACAAAUCUAAUUCAAAUGUUAAUUCAAAUGUUAAUAUAAACUACCAUAAUAACAAAGACUCUUGUCUAACCCCUCUACCAACUAAUGCUCUUUCUAAUUUGAUAAAAUACACCAUUUUUAGCAAUGUUUUUUUCAAAGUCAUCAACUUUACUUUCAAUCAAUUUAUAUUAAAACUAAUAACUCCAACCUCUUUGGGUUUUAAUGUUUACUUGGAAUUCCUAAUAAAAUCAAUUUUGUUUUUUAGCAGAGAGGCUAUUAGAAUUUCAAUCCAAAGAAUUAACAAUAAUACCAGCAGCAAUACCAUCAACAAUACCAAUACCAAUACCAAUAACAGUACUACCACCACAACUCAUGAUAUCACCAAUGUCAAAUCUUCAUAUAAUAACAGAAAUAACAAAAACAAUAAAAAAAUAUAUUUUGGAACUGAAUUUGCAACUUAUCAAAGUAUAAUAAACUUAUCCUACAUCCCAUUAUUCAUUGGUUUGUUUUUAACUCUAAUAAUCUUAAUAUGGCAAAGUAAUAAGCUUUACUUGUAUUUAAAUUUCGAUUUGACUUUUUUUAUUUUAUUGAUUAUACUAAUUUUCACUUCCUCAAUACUAGAGUUAUUAUCGGAACCAUUUUAUAAUUUAAAUCAAUUUAAAUUGAAUUUCAAAAUCAAAUCAAAAUUUGAAAGCACUUCUCUAACUCUAAAUUGUUUAGUUAAUUACAUAUUGAUUUAUUAUUUCAAAUUUUAUUAUUUACCCAAUGAUCUUCUCAAUGACAAAAACAAUAAUAGCAAUAAUGGUGAAUUUCAGAAAUAUGUGGUCUUAAGUUUUGUUUUAGGCAAGUUUGUCUAUUCUUUGUCAAUUUACUCUCUCUAUUUUUUCAACUACAAAUUAUCCUUUACUAAAAAUUAUAAUUACAUUCAAUAUACUUAUAAUCUUAAAAAUAUCAAUGUUAAUAACAACUCUCCUAAUUAUAACAGAAGCAUCAAAUUCCCCUCGCUUUUUUUAACAAGAAUUUAUAAACUAAACUCAAAAUUAAUUGAUAGUUAUCCUUCAAUGUAUUCAAUUAGCUCUUACUCUUCAAAAAAUACAACCAAAAAACAAAAAUUAAAUAAAAAAAAUUCAAAUCCAAACUUGAAUUUGAACAAUAGCUUAAAUAACAAGCUAUAUUCAGAAUCCUUUUAUUACCUUGAUCCGGUGGUUUUCAAUCAUUGGAAAUCGGUUUUUUCUCAAUUUUGUUUCAAACACUUUUUGACUGAAGGUGAUACUUUUAUUAUAAACUCUUUUUGUUCCUUGAAUGAUCAAGGUAUCUAUUCUUUAAUCUUAAAUUAUGGUUCUUUAUUGACAAGAUUUAUUUAUUUACCGAUAGAAGAAAGUUUAAGAAUCUAUUUAACUAAAUUGUUAAAAUCUAAUAUAAAUACUUCAAAUAAUGAUAUUAUCAAAACCGUCAACACCAAUAAAACCCAUGAUAUUAUUAAUGGUAUAAAUAAAAAAAGUUUGGAUUUAGAUAUUGAUUCUGGUACUGAGACUGACAUUGAGACUGAUACUGAUACUGAUACCGAAAUGCCCAUGCCCAUUGAUUCCGAUUUAGACCCAAACUUGAAUCUGAUUAAUAAGAAUCUUAAUAAAAAUGAUGAACCAAUUGUUCCUUUAGAUAAUUUAAAAGAGUCUUGGAGACUACUAAUAAUUUUGUUGAAAUUCUAUUAUUAUUUAUCUUUCAUAAUAAUAAUCUUUGGGUAUUUUAAUUCGUUUUUCUUAUUAAAACUAAUUUUAUCAGGUAAUAAUUCCAAUAAAGACGAUUCAAACUCCUGGCUAAAUUCUUCAAUUUCAAAGGCAAUGCCUAUUUAUUGCUUAUAUUUGCCAUUUUUAUCAAUUAAUGGAAUAUUUGAAGCUUUUUUUCAAUCGACUGCAAACUCUAAAAAAAUUAAUUACUAUUCAUAUUUUCUUUUACUUUCUUCCAUCCUUUAUCUUGUUUUUGCUUAUUUUUUAGUCGUUAUAUUAGAUUUUAAAUUAGUUGGUUUAAUUUUAGCCAACAUUUUUAAUAUGUCUCUAAGAAUCCUUUUUUGUUCAAUUUUUAUUUUAAAUUUUUUUCAAAAUCAUCUCAAAUAUUAUAAUUUAAACUUAUCAAAAUUAAACAUUGUUUUCAAAAGAUUUUCAGCAAAUAGUAUUACUAGUAUUAGUCAUGAUAACAAUACUAAUAAAUCAUUAAGAGAGAAACAAUCAAACCAUAAUAACUUCAACUAUAGCCAUAGUAAUAGCCAUGUCCACCAAAAUUCGAAUUCAAUGCAUUUAAUUGGUUCGAUCACCGAGGAAUCAAUUGAAAAUUAUUAUACUGAUGAAAAAAAUCACUUAAAUGAAAAUAGUUUAGAAAAUUUCAAAUCAUCUUCAACUUCUGUUCCUUCAACUCCAUCAAAUCUAGAAUUUACAAGAAAAAUACAUUCUCCUAGAAAAAAAAAUAGAUUUAUUAGGACUGAUAACCAUACUUCUAAACUCAACUUAAAUAUGCGCAAUUCUUUCAAAAUAGAAACUAAAAACAAGAUAAAUAAUAGUUAUAGUAAUAAUGAUGUAAUUUAUGAUCCUGAUUCUUUAGUUGUUAAAUCAUACAAGAUAAUUAAUAAUUUUAAAAAGUUCAGCUUGUUUACUUUUAUGAUUUUUUUAAUUCAAUAUAAAAUUUUAUCGUUUACAGAAAAUUUUAGAAAUUUAUUUAAAAGUGGUUUUUUGGGACUAAUUUACCUUUUAAUAAUUCUUUUAAAUGAAAAAGACAUACUAUUUUUGUGUGUUGACAAUAAGAAGUUUAAUAAGGUUUUCUUUGAGAAUAAAUUUAUCAAGAUUUUUACCAAUGUUAAAAAUAAAUUUAAAACCAAAUGGAAUAAAGCUAAAAUUGAUAAUAAUAAAAAAAAUGAUGAUAGUAAUAAGAGAAGUACAAUAAGGAAAAGCUAUCAAAAGAAAAGAAAAAAUAGCAAUUUGAUUCUCUAAUAAUCCCGAUUAUAAUUACGAUUGUGGUAGUAGCUUAUUGGUUAUGCACCAUAAAGUCCUAGUUUUCAUCUUUGAUUUUUAAUAACAAAUUUCAACAAUUGUCAUUUUAGCUUUUUAUUAUCUAUUUUAAUAGCUAUGUUUAGAGUCUUUCUAUUCUAUUUCUUUCUUAUUUUAAUUUAUAUUAAAAUUUUUGUAUUAGUAAUUAAUAAAUGCAUAUAUACACUCAUCAUU